UGUAAUUGUCCUAUCCAUUCGCCAUGACGUCGGAUCAGGCCGGAAAGCAGUAUGCGCCCUUUACCCAGCUCCCGCCUCUAGCUGGGCUGGGAGGCACUGACGCCUCAGCCAUCCAACUGCCGGCGACUCCCGCGGAUGUGAAGUCCUCGGUGCAGCAGGAAGUGGAGCCUCUCUUCCAGAUGGCACGCAAGGUGAUCGAGGACCAUGAUCGCUGGAUCUCCGCUGCGCAAGACGAGGAGGUGAACCGCAAGGAGCGCCAGGAGCUACUCCGUGUGGCCGCAGAGAUCCCGCAAGACACCCAGGUGACGAUGCAUUUUCAGCUGCCCACAGGGUCGAAGGUCACGGAGAAGAUGCAGCCGACGCAGACCAGCUACGAAAUCUACACAAAGGCAUUUCAGCUUUUGCAGCAGGAGAGAGAGUUCAGAAUCAAGGUCGAGGGGGCCGAGGGCGAACACUUCUCCAAGGACGUGAAUGAGGCCAAUUUCCACUUGAGUCUCGAGAGUCUAGGAUUGAAGCCGGGCUGUAGCUACACGGUGAUCGUUUCUUGAGUUCGGGUUGGCUCGGAGACCAUCUUCCAGAGGCGAAAAGAUCACCAGGGAUGACCGUGGCACAUAUCUCCCUGGUGAUCGUUUGAGGUUAGCU